AUGGCGAGACCAACAAUCCACGCCAACGACCUGGCCAAGAUCACCACGGCCAUGCAGCGCGUCUACAGGUACCCGGUCCCCGAUGCCACCGCCCCGGCAACAACUCCAUGGACACCACCCCCGGCCUCGGCAGGCCACCGCGGCCGCUACCUCUGGACCGACGCCUUCGGGGUGCUCAACUUUCUGACUUUGCACCACCACCACCAACACCACGCCAACACCAACACCGACAGCGGAAAUGGGGCCGCCACGACGACAACGAAGACGGCGCCCUACCUCAGCUACGCCACCGCGCUCGCGCAAACCGUACACGACACGCUCGGCCGCACGCGCGACGGCUCGGCGCGGCUGCCGGGCGCGACGGACGCGGACCCGACGGGCGGCGGGCUGCGCAUCGGCAAGGAAGAGGCGGACGGCGCGGACGGCGACGGCCAGUACCACCACUACCUGACGCUCUGGAUGUACGCGCUGAACCGGCUGGCCGUGGCGUGGCGCGGGGCGGAGGAGCAGGGCGGGCAGGAGGAGAAGGAGAAGGAGGCGCGCAGGUGGAACGGCUACGCGGUCAGGCUGAUGCAGGUGAUACACCCGGCCUUCGUGCACGACAGGGCGAGCGGGCGGCCGCGCAUGUACUGGAAAGUGAGCGUCGACCUGAAGAGGCCGCUGGUCUUGUCAGAGGGGAACCUGGAUCCGGUGGACGGGCUGGUGGUGUGCAAAUUGCUGAGGGAGUUUGAGGGCGAAGAUGACGUGCUGCGGGACGAGAUGCGCGACUACGAGAAGAUCGUGGCGACCAAGUGGAAGAACUACGCCAGCACCGAUCCGCUGGAUCUGGGCAUGACGCUGUGGACGGCGCAUCAUUAUGCGGGCAAAGAGCAGUGGGCCACGGCGUUCGCGGACAAGGCGAAGAAGGAUUUGAAGGUGCUCGUCGACUGUGGCUAUUUCGAAGCUGGCAUCAAGAGGAGGCUGGCUUUCCGGGAAUUCGGAACGGUUCUGGGCAUUCGCUGUGCACUCCAACAGGAGCCGGGUUGGGAGAGGGAGGCUGAAAAGAUAAUCGCGAUCUGGGAAGAUGCGGGUGUUGUUCCUGAACCGAAAGACGAGGCAGCGGGCAAUGCCAAUGCAUCCGCAGACCUUGCGCCCAUUACUCUAGUGAUGUAUGCAGCUGCGCUUGACCCUGGAGCUUUCAAGCGAACCCCAUAG